GAUUAAACACGUUGCAAUAAUUAUCGGUAGUGUACACUUUAAGUUUAUGUUAACUAUAAAUGAUUUUGUACAACGAAUUGACUGAUACCAGAAUGUCAACAAAGAUGGCCUAAAAGUGGGCGGUACACACUAUCUCUAUAACAAAAGGAUAGUAUUCUACAUGUGUUUAAAGAUAUAAGAGAUAUCUCUGGACAUUAUAGAUAAGGCUAAAGCUGCGUUGUUUUCUUGAUUCUUUCAGAAUAUCAAUAUUUGAACAUAGGAUAAAAUCAACGUUUGUAAAGAAAAUGGCUGACAAAGUAUCAGAAGAUUUGAAGAAAGAGAUCAAGGAGGCAUUUUUCAUGUUUGACAUUAGUAACAAAGGUAAAAUAGAGACGUCACAAAUUGGCACUGCAGUACGGUCACUUGGGCUUAAUCCAUCAGAAGACGAUGUGAAAAAGAUGAUCAAAGACGCCGACAAAAAAGGUAGUGGUUUUGUUGAUGAAAAGGACUUCGUUUCAACAGUAGUCAAGUUCUGGAAGCCUGUAAAUACUGAAGAAGAUAUAAUUGAUGCGUUUAAAGUAUUUGAUCGAGAAGGUUCAGGCUAUUUAGAUGCUAAACAGUUAAAGCACGUGCUACUGAACCUCGGAGAAAAGAUGAAUGAAAAAGAAAUUGAUGAUUUACUACAAGAAGCUGACCUUGAUGCAGACGGCCAACUGAAUUACACAACAUUGACACAACUUCUACUUGCAAGCGCUAAGAGAUGAUGGUGACCUGAGGGUAGUGAAAAAAUGACUACAUCUAUAUUCUACUAUAUAAUUGUAACAUUUGUGCUGAGUUUAAAAAAAACAUAAACAUUUAUAUAAAAAUGGUGGCACACGACAACAUUGGAGGUAGAGAAUGAGAAAUAUGCAGUACAAUGUAUGAAUUACGAUACAUGUGUUGUAGUUGGAGAAAAAUUAUUGUUCAGGCUUACACUAUGGAUCUAAAAAUACUAAUUCAAUAUUUAAAAUUUAGAUACAUUAUAAUAUUCGUAAAUCUGGGCACAUUUCUCUCUCUUUUGAAAUGUUAGUAUGCCCCCAAAUAUACAGUGCAAAAACAAAGGAGCUUCCCACUUACACGGAAUAGUGAUUAU